AAAUUAAAACCUUGAAUAAGUUUAAAUUUAUUAUUUAAUUCAACUGAAAAUAAAUUAAAGGAUUCAAAUAAUAAUUUAUGUGUGCUUUAAAUUUUAAUUAAAUUUGUAUGUUUCCGGUUAGACUAGGAAACAAUUAUAUGUUUAAAAUUAGUAAAACAUGUAAAUUUAUUGGUUUAAGUGGGAGUUUUUAGUCAUAAACUCUUGAUUAUGUCUACAUUCCUUUAAGGUUAAAACAAUUUGAUUAAAAUUAAUAAGGAUUGAAUAAUUGGUAGAUCAUUAGAAGCCUUGAUUAAUUGCUGCAAAUAUUUAUGUGAUGCAUAAUAUGUUCUACUAACCAGCUAUGUGGGCCAUUCAUUGAUAAAUGAAUGGGUGAAUGGUAAAUAUUGUAUAUGUACUGUUUUGCAGGUUAUUGAAAGUGACUAUUAUGGCCCAAAUAGGAUAGUAAAUAUGGUCUGCGUACCAUUAAUUUGAAUGUAAUAUUGGUCUAAAGUACCAAAUUUUAUUGCUUUAAAUAUGGUCUGCGUACCAUCAAAUAGUUGUAAUUACUUUAAUUAUAGCUUAUCCUAUUUGAAGAAAAUGGCGCCUCCCAUGGUGAAAUUCAAGACGAAGUUUCCAAUCCAUUUUCAAGACGGACUUUGAAGUUGAAGCUUCAAGAUGAGGUCGGGCCAUACUAGAUCACAUUUAUAUCUUAUGCAUAUUUUAGUUAUUUAUUGCUUUAAAUAUGUCUUAAUUAUGCAUGAGAUUAUGGCUUGAUUAUGUUGCAUGAUUAAGGAUUUUAGUUCACUUAAAAUCUAACCAACAUAGUAAGAGCCUUAAGUUCCAAACUUUAAAAUUGAGUUAAAAGGUGUCAUGCCAAAAUAACACUUACUUGGAUAAACCUUUACAUCAAUCUUAGUAAUAGUUUUCCGCCUAAGCGAGGUGUUACUUAUUGAUCCUAAAGGGGUAAGGUACACAAAUAAUUGUGAGUACAUGUUAGUUUUGGUGAAACUCAACGAUAUAAGUAAGGAGUCCUUUUAUGUCGUGACAAAUGAGAUAGGUUUACCUAAUAAGUUCUUAGACGUACCUAUCAACCAAGAGUAGUUUCUAGACUAUUAGCAAAGGCUUUGCUUACCUAAAAUAUUUUAGAAUUGAGUCUAAAUACAUAAUGUGCUUAAUUCUUCAAUGAUUUAAGGAUCUUUGAAUCAUUUUAUUCACACCUGUCGGAACACAUAACUUGAAUAAAAUGCUUAAUAAAUGAUAAAUUAUGCAUGUUUGCUAGAAUUUGAAUUUAUUAAAAGAAACUGUUAAUGGUUAUUUAUUUGUUUAUGCUUUUUCGAUUGUAGUUUUAACUAUGGCAAACAACAAUUCAUUCAACAUCCGAUCAAUUCUCGAAAAGGAGAAGUUGAACGGGAAAAACUUCGUUGACUGGCAAAGGAACUUGCAAAUAGUUCUUAUGCAGGAAGAAAAGGAGUAUGUCCUGGACGAGGCGAUGCCCGAAGCCGCAGGCGACGGGGUCACUCAGGCAGCCCUCAAUCGUUGGACUGAUGCCAACAAGGAUGUGAAAUGUCUAAUGCUUGCAACCAUGAGUGCAGAUCUAUAGAAAACGUUCAUCAACUCAGAUGCUUUCACAAUCAUCAUGAGUUAAAGAACAUGUUCCAAGAUCUGGCUCGAGUCGAAAGAUUCGAGACUCAUAGGCAAAUUCUUGAGACCAAGCUUAAGAAAGGCGAGCCCGUAAGUCCACAUGUUCUCAAAAUGAUUGGACUCAUUGAGAAUAUGAGUCGGCUGGAUCAAUAAUUUUCUCAGGAAAUGGUUGUAGACACCAUCCUCCAUUCUCUUCAUAGCAGGUAUGAUCAGUUCAAGCUGAACUACAGUAUGAAUAGUCUGGACAAAACGCUCAAUGAGCUUCACGGUAUGCUGAAGGCCGCUGAAAAGACGCUCAAAAGUGAUAAGCAAGAUGUGCUUAUGGUGCGUGGGGGCAAGUUCAAGAAAUCUGGCAAGAAGAGGAAUGCUAAGAAAGGUGGCAAGAAGGCCAUCCCGACUAAGCAAUCUGGCGGCACCAAGAAUGAAAAGAAGAAGGUGAGCCAACCCACUUAUGAAUCUGAAUGCUUCUACUGCAAGAAAAAGGGGCAUUGGAAGAGAGAUUGCUUGAAGCUUAAGGAAGAUCAGAAAAACGGAACAUUCGUUCCAUCUUCAGGGACUAGGAAGAAGUAGAAGGUUAAGCAAGGGUGAAGUCGACCUACGAGUGGGAAAUGGAGCACGGAUUGCUGCAUUAGCUGUAGGAACUUAUUAUUUGUCGUUGCCCUCUGGGCUAGUUUUAGAACUGGAAGAUUGUUUCCAUGUUCCAAGUCUUACUAAAAACAUCAUUUCUGUUUCUUGCUUAGAUGCUAAGGG